AUGGCUGACUGGGACUACAAGUACUGCUCUUCGCAAAACACAGCGUCCGACACUUCAGCUUGUAAGCAACCGCAAACCCAGUUCAAAACCAUUACGGACACCAACAAUGGCGGCGCCGUAAGAACGGAGACCGUCAUCAUCACUCCUUCAUCCAGCGCUCAGCCCGAACUUUCCGGAAAAGCCAAGUCGAACACUGGUGCUAUCGUCGGAGGAGUAGUGGGUGGUGUUGGGGCUCUUGCAGCCAUUGUUGCGGGCGUGCUAUUUCUGCUCUGGAGACGGCGCAAGCAGCAGCGGGACAGACAGGGCGGUGAGGCUGGCGAGCAAAAUGAGACUGGCGUACACCGCUAUGCAAGCACCAUGAGCAAAGCGGGCCUCUUACGCGGCGAAAAGGAUCCUCAGUACCCGCCUCCUAUCGCAACAAACUUCAACCGACGGCAUAGUCGUACGCUGGACCAGGAAUCUAUCAGCCCAAUCUCUGCAUCCGAUCGGCGCAACAGCUCCUUCCGGAUAGCUGACCAGCGUCUCAAUCCCUCCACCAUCUUCGUUUUCGACAACACCAGUAGAGCUAGUGUGGGCAGCUUGGACGACAGUCGAGAUUACCACCGCACCUUGAACACCUUCGUGAUGAGUAAAAUGUGGGAGGUGGAUCCUGAGACGAGGAGCAAGUUACUGGAGAUACAGAAGACGAACGAGAACAAUAGGUGUGUGGACUGCAAUGCGCCGAGUCCGCAAUGGGCUUCUCCUAAGCUCGGCAUCUUCAUGUGUCUCUCCUGCUCUGGCGUGCACCGCGGUCUGGGCGUCCAUAUCUCCUUCAUCCGCAGCAUAACAAUGGACGCAUUCAAGGGCUCCGAGCUCGCGCGCAUGGCUGCAGGCGGCAAUAAGCCGUUCCAGGAAUUCUUCGAUUCGCAUUCCUCCAACACGAAAGACGGGAAGAAGUUCGAGACGAGCUCGAUACAGGAGCGAUAUGAUUCUGAGGCGGGCGACGAGUGGAAGGAGAGGCUGAGCUGCAAGGUGGAAGGCCGGGAGUUCGACAAGAGUAAUCUGCCCAAGCGGUUGCCGAAGAAAGAGACUACGGCGCUGGGAUCGGGCGCGCCGCUGAGUGGGAGGGCGAGCGGUCCGGGAAGCAGGAGCGGGACGCCGCUCAGCACGACGAGAAGCAAUGACUCUGCGAGCGCGCUUGGGCGUUCUGGAUCACCGGCGCUUGGAACGAACGCCAUGGGCAACCCGCAAAAGGCACGAAAUGAGGCGUAUUUUGCCCGGAUGGGGUCCGAAAACGCAAAUAGGAGGGACGACCUGGCGCCGAGCCAGGGAGGGAAGUACGCUGGGUUUGGCAGCGAGCCAGAUCACUGGAAGAAGGAAGAAGACUUUGAUAAGCCGCCUGCGUUGGACGAUUUCCAGAAGGAUCCUGUGGCUGCACUGACGAAGGGGUUUGGUUGGUUGGGCGCGAGCGUGAGUAAGGCGGGCAAGACGGGGUAUGAGGGCUGGGUCAAGCCUGGUAUGGCGAAGCUCGCCGAAGCAGACCUCGCCUCCCAAGCGCGUAAUACUGCCGGCUUCGUCGGCCAGGGCAUCCAAUCCGGCGUCACCAACGCAGGUACCACACUCAACCGCUUCGUCGAGGGCGCAGAUGCCCCUGCUUCCUCCUCUCGUUCUCGCGCUGCGCCCGAGAAGAAGGACUUCUGGGAUAGCUUCGGUGCGCCGCCAAGUGGGCCGAGUGAGGAUAAGAAGGACUUCUGGGAUGAGUUUUCGAGUGCGGGAGAGAGUAGGACGCAGGCUCAGAGUGUGGGUCUAGGAGGGGCAGCGGCGAAGAAACCGAGUGGGAUUGGGACGAGUGCGAUGAAGAAGCCGGCGGGAAAGAAGGAGGAGGAGUGGGGGGAUUGGUGA